GUGUGCAAUAACUUAGCCUCCUGACAUUGACGUCGUUGGACGUAUGGCCUUUCCUAUCCCUGAUCACCUCCCGCGGCAGCUUGAUGUUUCAUCGAACGUUCUCUCCAAGAUCGAUUCUGCAACACUACAGUCUUUGAAUUCGUCUGUUGCAUCCUCGUGUAGGGCGGAGCUUGACGAAUCCAUUCAAUUGACCAAGAAACGAAUUCACGACAGAAUACGUGCAGACUCUUCUAGCUUCCAAAGACAGUUGUCUUCGGCGAAGUCUGUUAAAGAACGACUGGAUACGCUUUCUGGACAUGUCCAAGCCCUAAGUGUCGCACUUUCGGACUCUAAGUCCGGUCUAGUCCCAGUCUUGCUUGAGGCUUUGGAAGCUCACCAAUUACUUGCCCAAGAGUCCUGCAAUACAGAUGUCUUGAGUGAUUCUCUUUCGCACCUUUCGGAAUGCAGAGCACAGCUGGAUGCGCUGCAGAAGCUCAUUGACACAGGAGAUCUACCUCAGGCUGUAGUCGCGUGCCAUACAUUGAGUUCCUUGCUGACCGUCGUUCCCGGACCACUGAAAGAUGCAUCUGUAGUGUCUGAAAUGCAGAGUCGACUGCGUGUACUCAGCAAUCGUGUGGAGGAGCUGCUCAGCAAUGCUUACACGGAAAGUGUUGUCGUAAACGCGUCUGAAGUUAUUAUCAAACCAUUUGUGCUUGUGCCUCGGUCACUAGAGCCCUUACCCCUUUCGUCUGUCUUCUUAUCGAUCAGCUCCGCAUCGCUGGCAUCGCAUCUCUCAACCCUAAGGAGGGAUAUUCUAACGCAGCACGUCGAGUAUUCUUUCGACCAGCCGACGUCACUUACGGUCAGCAGCACGAAAGACACGUCUGGUGCUUUGAUGCACGUCCUCAGCCGAUUCCCAUUGUCCCCGAAUAGCAUCGACACUGCUUCCCCGCUUGCCAACGUAUCCACGACCCUCGAUUUCUUACGCAUACAACUAUUUCCUGCCCUCCCACCGACGCACAAACAUAGUUUUCCGCGAAGUCUUAGCAAACCCAUAUCCACUGCAGUGCUGGCGCGUUUGCUUAUUCCUGGUCUGCCCACACAGCUUGAAGCUCUUCCUGCUUUUUUAAAACUUGCAAACAAGGCAGUGGAAUUGGAAGACAAGUACAUCGUCGGAAUGCUCGACGCGUCUAGCGAGUGCGAAAUCAAAGCUUGGGUUAACAAUGUCUGCACUCAUUACGAGCGACAGCGGCGGUCAUGCAUUCUUGAUUCCGCUCGCAAACUUAUUAUCCAAAGUGCAUCUUCAUCUGAGUCAGCAUUCCACGCCCAGCUACCACUCUCACAGGAAAUCUCUGAUCAAGCUGGACUCGCACCUACAGAUGAGGGCGAUGCAUGGGGCUUUGAUGACGAUGGCCAGAGUCUCAAGUCAGGAUCUUUCAAGUCCGCCACGGAGCCAGAGGAGGAGGACGUCUGGGGCUUUGAUGACGAUUUGAGGGAGGAAACUGAAACUCGACAGGCCGAUCCUACACAAGUGGAAGAAGACCCAGGAGAUGCUUGGGGCUGGAAUGACGAGGAGCCGGCACCUGAAGAAGCAGUACAACCGGAAGACAAUACAUGGGAUGAUCCAUGGGGUGACGAAUCUUUCGCGACCCCUGCCGUGCGGCCAACAACUAUGUCAUCGCAACGCCCUUCUGCAAAUUCUGCACCUACGACGCAAAAGGUCUCUACCAAGAGCAAGCAAGCAUCCGUUGCUGAUGGUCGCCCCACGAACGGUACCAUCGAUGCAUCGAGCCGUGCCAUUGCUCCCUCUCGUCAUCCUCUAAAGUCAGGGCCCCUAACAGAGCCUUAUCUGGUAUCUACUCUUGCAAAGUCAAUCAUCCAUAAGGUCGAGGACGCGUUGUACGAAGGAAAGGGACUAGCAUCAUCGGGUAUCUUUCCCCCCUCACCGACAUCCACAACAACGCCUGGGACGCUCGUCAUGCAGUCAGGAGCACUUGUUUUAGAUUUGUAUCGUGCAGUGUAUCCUAUCGUCGCUGCUGGACGUCUCGCUCGCCCUGGUGAUGUUAUGAAGUUCUCCAACGACUGCUUUUGGCUUGCAGAGGAGGUCGGCCGCUUGGUUACAUCCGAGCGAGGAUUGCUUUUUGUGAAGGACAAGUUAGAUGAAUGCAAGGGCGUGUUGCGGGUGUUAGCAGACAGUUGGUAUCAAGAUGGCAUUAAUAGACAACGGACAGCAUUGUGUGAUAUUCUAGCGAGUGCGAAGGGCUUCACAGAUACGUCAGACCAGGACCGAUAUGAUGAUUGCGAGAUGGCCAUAUCCCGUGUCGUUCGCGAAAUUCGAAGCGUUGCGAAUACGUGGAAGCCCGUGCUCCCUAAGAGCAAGUAUUACACUGCCGUGGGAGCAAUAGUCGAGGUUUCCUUGCAGCGAAUCCUUGAGAACAUACUUGCGAUUCCAGAUAUCCCCGAGGUAGAGUCGCACAAACUGAGUGAGUUGUGCAGGAUAUUGGCCGCUCUCGAAGGGCUCUUCGUUGAAGACUUUAGCGAGUCAUCUUUUGUGGUAUCAUAUGUUCCGUCGUGGUUGAAAUUCUCAUAUCUGUCUGAACUCAUGGAAGCGUCUAUGGCUGAUCUCACAUAUCUUUUCGAGGAAGGAGCUUUGGUGGACUUUGAGGUGGAUGAAUUGGUUAAACUUGUGCGUGCCUUGUUUGCAGACACACCGCUGAGGACAAAGACUCUGGACAAAAUCAUGGGUGGACACCCAGUCCGGUGAUGUAUGAGUAUUUAUACUCACUGCGGAUGAUCGGAUAUAUAUAGCGGCAGAGGUUAGUACGUAGUACCUCAUAUCAGACUGAAACCCAUUCAAUUAUACGCACUACAUACACGUGCACGCGAAUACUGUUUCCUGGGG